UAUCGUGUAUUCUUUCUGUCGGAUAUAUGGUAAAUUCCGUAAAAGCUUCUCAUUGAUGAGUUAACAACGAUUUCAGAAUGUUGUAGUACUAAUCGAAACAUGUUUGGGUUAUUCUCUCGUACCUAAUACUGAGUAGUAGAUACAUUUUGUUUUUACAACCUCGAAUAAUUGACUGCUCUCUCUCUCACUACGAUCUAUUGCGUGUAGCGAUCGGAGAUAGACGGAAUAUAAUGACUCAAAUUUUAGGGUUAGGUUUUUACUAGGCAAGACGAAAAAUUAAGAGCUAAUGUUCUGGUUGGUUGUGAUGUCUGCAUAUAAGAAACUGAACUUAAAAACAUGUUUUUAGACGAACAGGUCUGAAAGAAAUUACCAUUUUAUAACACACUGGACUUUAGUUUGACCUGUUAUUGACCUAAGGAUACUAAUGAGAAAAAUGAUCACUCUGAACAAUGGUUUUCAGUUACCAGUUUUAGGCUAUGGGACUUACAGAAUAAAGGAACCAGAAAUUAUCAAGCCACUUAUUGAAAAAGCACUAUGUACUGGUUACAGACUUUUUGACACUGCUGCUGUGUAUCAAAAUGAGGAAUACAUUGGCCAAGUUCUUCAAGAUAAAAUUAGACAAGGAGAACUAAAGCGAGAAAAUGUGUUUAUCACAAGUAAACUUG